CAUUUUUGCAAUGCGCAUUUAUUCCUCUUAGUUAUCCGAAGUUUGUGUUCCAAACUGCAUACAAAAAUUUCUAAUUUAUAUAAAACCCAAACUAGAACAAUGAGGUCUUGGUACAACUUCAACAAGACGACAUUCAUACUUGCUGUUCUGUUGCUACUAAUCUUGUACACAUAUAACCCUGAAGGCUUCAAUUGGGGACAAUCUCACAAAUGGUCUGUUAGGUCAAAUAUUGACAUUCUGUCCAACUCAACUUAUCCUAUUUCAUCCCGAGUUAGGGAUCUUAUCGUAGAAUCCGAGAAAAAUCACGACAUCUUUGUUUCCAAGCGUACUUCUUGCCUUCGAUUUCUAACACAAACAAAACUUUGGACAUCCUGGCCGACAUUUUGGGACUACUUUGUUCCCACCUCAUCAUGCCCCUUUGCCACUCGUCGACUCGGCAGACUUGGCGAUGGUGGCAAAUGGGUCUGUGGUUUGAAGGAAAUCGCAAUGAAAUCAGAAUGUAUAGCGUACUCAUUUGGCGUGGCGGGAGAAACUUCGUUCGAAAAGGAGUUACUGGAGACAACAAAUUGCACUGUGUUCGCCUUCGACCCAACCGUUUCAAGUAUUAAUUUAGAUUUAUCAAAAUACCCGGGAAGACUGCACUUCCAAUCGGUAGGACUGGGAACUCCUGGGCCCAAAUUCACCUUUCCGGUGAAGCGACUUAAACAAUUCAUGUUGGAAUUAGGGCACCACUGGAUUGACGUCUUAAAAAUUGAUGUCGAACAUGCUGAAUAUGACGGGAUGGACGAUAUGAUACAAGAUUUCCCGAAUGGGCUUCCCUUCGCUCAUUUGAAUAUGGAGCUGCAUUUACACCCGGUUACUGAAAUAAGUGAAGAGAUUAAACAGUUCAAACAUUUGCUGAACUGGUGGCUAAGAUUGGAAAAGGCGGGAUUAAGAGCGUAUAUGAAUGAGGUGAAUUAUUUGGGCGGCAUCGCGAAGGCUAAGGUGGUGGCGAUUGAGUAUUCAUUCUUAAAUAUGAAAAUGUUGGACAAUGGUAAUUUAUAAUGUUCUAGCACGCUCAAUACAUACCGUAAAUACUAUAUUUGUAGGUCCCAAGACGGCACACAUCCGACUACAAUUUAAAACCGGGUAUAAUUAGAAACCCGGGUAAAUUAUUUUUCGGUUAUGCAUAACUUGAAGCAUCUAAGAACAGGCAUUAAACGAAUGCCAUAAUUAGAGACAAGUUUAUUAAAUUUUUCAAACUUGGGCUCAAGACACGGCUAUAAAUAGAGUAUUUACGGUAUUUGUAUUUAGCUCAUCCAGUUUCCAACUAGCACGACAUAAAAUCAUAUGUAUCUGUUCACUUUGAUUUAUAAUAAUGAUUAUUAGAAUGAAUUUACAUAUAUAUAAAUUGAAAAUACCUUUGUUAGAAAGAUCUAUUUUUAUAUUUGUCAUUAUUUAAGCAACUUAAUCACUUCAUUUCAUUUAUGUAGCAUACUAUUUACGAUGUACGUAUACUACGAGUUCUUAACUAAAACUAGACUAUAAAAACAAGAAGACAGCGUGAAUAGCCUUACCGUAUAGUAUCUUAGUUUUUUUAAAUUUAAGCUUUCGGAAUUUCAAACAAGUUUCGAAAUAAUAGUAACACAUAAUUAAAACAUGCGAAAGAUGCUUCUAGUUUCAGAAGAAGACGAUAGGUGAAGUUUGUUGAUCAUAAGAUCGUAUAAUCAAAAUUUAAUCACCGUACGAUUUUCAUAAUCGAAAAUACAAUAAACCUUGCUUUCACCGAAGUUGUUAAAUUUGAUUUAAUUUGAAUUGAAAUAUUUAAAAAAUCCUUAGAAAUCCUUAAAAAUAAGAACCUAAAAUAAAACAAAAGCAGCUCAACAUUGGUUAAUCAGAAUUGUUUUUUUUGUAUGGCGGAGGAUUUUACAAAGUGCCAUUUGGGUCGGAAUUAAAUACACUCUCAACCCAC